GAUACUGGUGGCAGCAACGCCGAGUGUGGGUGUACAGCAGGACGCGAUGGCUACGUGGGCCGAGCGGCUGGCGGGCGUGCGGGGAGUGCUGCUUGACAUCUCCGGCGUGCUGUAUGACAGCGGCACAGGCGGCGGAGCCGCCAUUGCGGGCUCCGUGGAGGCGGUGGCGAGACUGAAGCGGUCCCCGUUGAAGGUGAGAUUCUGCACCAAUGAGUCCCAGAAGUCCCGGAGAGAGCUGGUGGGGUUGCUUCAGCGGCUGGGAUUUGACAUCUCAGAAGGAGAGGUGACCGCCCCUGCACCAGCCGCCUGCCAGAUCCUGAAGGAGCGAGGCCUGCGGCCACACCUGCUCAUCCAUGACGGGGUCCGCUCAGAAUUUGAUGACAUCGACAUGGCCAACCCAAACUGUGUCGUGAUUGCGGAUGCUGGUGAAGGCUUUUCCUAUGAGAACAUGAACAGAGCCUUCCGAGUGCUCAUGGAGCUGGAAAACCCCGUGCUCAUAUCACUGGGAAAGGGACGCUACUACAAGGAGACCUCUGGCCUUAUGCUGGAUGUCGGAGCCUAUAUGAAGGCACUCGAGUAUGCCUGUGGUAUUGAGGCUGAAGUGGUCGGGAAACCUUCCCCUGAGUUCUUCAAGUCUGCCCUACAAGCCAUUGGGGUGGAAGCUCACCAGGCCAUCAUGAUUGGCGACGACAUCGUGGGUGACGUUGGCGGCGCCCAGCAGUGUGGAAUGAGAGCGCUGCAGGUGCGGACUGGAAAGUUCAGGCCUGCCGAUGAGCAUCAUCCGGAAGUGAAGGCUGACGGGUACGUGGACAACCUUGCGGAGGCUGUGGACCUGCUGCUGCAGCACAUGGACAAGUGACGGGCCUUCGGGAGCAGUGGACAAGCGCACCACCCUGUGCCCACACUUCUUCUCACCGCUGUGCCCCCCUCCCCCACGCUUCCAGGCCCCAGGCUACCCAAAGCUCUGCUUGCCCUGCCCUCUGCCCUCU